AUGCCCAGCACGUUGCAACGCUCGGAGUCACUGAUGAUCAGCGACGAGGCUUUGGGGUCAAUAGGCGAAGCGCUCGACAGCCGCCAAUUCCGCGCCGCGCUCCAGGAUAGGCUUGCAGUGCUCGAGGCCAUCAGCAGCAACAGUGAGAAGAUCGGCGUGCACGUGAGCGGCUUGACCUUGGCGAUCUGCGCUGGAAUGGUCAAUGCUGUGGCGUUCGCCAAGUUCGGUACGUACGUCAGCCACGUCUCAGGCUCUUCCACGGCGAUCGGGCUCCGCCAGUUUGGAGACCAGCCUGGGGAUGUGCCAACGCCAGCGCUGCUCGUUCUUGACUUCAUCGUCGGGUCAACCCUGUGCGGCCUGCUCAUCCCCAAGGCGACGCUUAAGAUUGGCAAGGCGCCGUACUCGUCUGCCCUCAUGAUACUCGCGCUCAUCAUGGCCAGUCCGAUAGUCAUGAGCGGCCACGGUCUUCUCGGCGCGCACCUCUUGGCCCUUGGCUGCGGCCUCCAGAACGGGCUCUGCUCGUCUUGGAGCGGAAACGUCAUUCGCACGACUCACAUGACCGGAACGGGCACUGACCUGGGCUUGGCCGUUGGUCGAAUCAUUUCCAGGUUUCUGUCCAAAUGCAGGAGCUUUGCGCCAGAAGAUUGGGAAGAGCAUACCGCGGACAGAAACAAGGUGAUUCUCAUGAGCCUUCUCCUUGCCGGAUUCAUUGGAGGCGCGUGCUUGGGCUCCAUCGCGUACAACGCCCUCAAGCUCUGGACGCUCCUCAUGCCUUCGGGCUUGUACUGCAGCCUCGCCCUUGUCCACGAUCUCUAUGUCCAUUCUCAAGGGGAGACAAUCCAGCAGUCGGUGGCUUUGGAGACGCAGUUCGAGCGGCAGCUGAGCGGAGCCAGCGAGUUUCAGCGGCAGAAGAGCGGGGAGAGCAAGCAGGCCAAUCUCCUCGGCAGCAUUCAGGAUAGGCUUGCAGUGCUCGAGGCCAUCAGCAGCAACAGUGAGAAGAUCGGCGUGCACGUGAGCGGCUUGACCUUGGCGAUCUGCGCUGGAAUGGUCAAUGCUGUGGCGUUCGCCAAGUUCGGUACGUACGUCAGCCACGUCUCAGGCUCUUCCACGGCGAUCGGGCUCCGCCAGUUUGGAGACCAGCCUGGGGAUGUGCCAACGCCAGCGCUGCUCGUUCUUGACUUCAUCGUCGGGUCAACCCUGUGCGGCCUGCUCAUCCCCAAGGCGACGCUUAAGAUUGGCAAGGCGCCGUACUCGUCUGCCCUCAUGAUACUCGCGCUCAUCAUGGCCAGUCCGAUAGUCUUGAGCGGCCACGGCCUUCUCGGCGCGCACCUCUUGGCCCUUGGCUGCGGCCUCCAGAACGGGCUCUGCUCGUCUUGGAGCGGAAACGUCAUUCGCACGACUCACAUGACCGGAACGGGCACUGACCUGGGCUUGGCCGUUGGUCGAAUCAUUUCGAGGUUUCUGUCCAAAUGCAGGAGCUUUGCGCCAGAAGAUUGGGAAGAGCAUACCGCGGACAGAAACAAGGUGAUUCUCAUGAGCCUUCUCCUUGCCGGAUUCAUUGGAGGCGCGUGCUUGGGCUCCAUCGCGUACAACGCCCUCAAGCUCUGGACGCUCCUCAUGCCUUCGGGCUUGUACUGCAGCCUCGCCCUUGUCCACGAUCUCUAUGUCCAUUCUCAAGGGGAGACAAUCCAGCAGUCGGUGGCUUUGGAGACGCAGUUCGAGCGGCAGCUGAGCGGAGCCAGCGAGUUCCAGCGGCAGAAGAGCGGGGAGAGCAAGCAGGCCAAUCUCCUCGGCCCAGGCUGCGGUGGCUUCCCGGGGCGGAGCGCCAACGCCACCUCCGCCGACCCCGAGCCGGGCGGCGCGCGCAGGUCCGUGGAGCUGUGCGAGCGCUGGCUGGGAGGGGCCCAGCUGCCGCCCUCGCCGGCGGAGCGUAUCCCAUGCCUGGUGCACCAGCAGUGGAAGACCACUGAGGACGAGGGCAGCCUGCCGCAGAUGAUACAGGCCCAUCAGUUCCGCCGGCGGAACCCGGGCUGCGUGCACCGGUUCUGGUCGGACGAGGAGAUAGACCGCUUCGUCGCGGAGGAGUUCCCAGACCUGCUGCCCGCCAGCAUCUGGAGGCAGCUGGAGCCCAUCCAGAGGGCGGACCUCUUCCGCUACGCCGUGGUCUACCGCCUGGGCGGCUUCUAUGCGGACGUGGACGUGGAGUGCCUCAAGCCCUUGGAGAGCUGGGGGCUCCUCCCGGACACGCGGCUGGUCGCCGGCUACGAGACGGGCUGGCACAUGGACGACGACGGCCAGAAGGCGGCGGGCUUCUCCCGCUUCGAGCAGUUCGAGCAGUGGGUCUUCGGCGCCGCCCCGGGGCACUCCGCGCUCCGACGCUGCCUGGAGCUCUUCCGCGAGCGCCUGGAGUGGGACAUCGAGACCACGGUGGAGCUCACCGGGCCCGCCGUGUUCUCGGACGCCGUGAAGGAGUUCCUCCGCGCGGAGGCUCGGCGGCUCGGCCUGCCGACCUCGCUGGCGCGGCCCCGGCGCGGCGCCGCGGUGGUCGUGCAGGACGGGCGCGCCGUGAGGGCGCCGGCGGAGCAGGCCGCGCUGCGCUUCCCGCCGCCGGGGCUGCCGCAGGCGGGCGUGCUGCUGCUCUCGGCGGAGGAGGUCUCGGUGCCCGGCUUCUCCGCCCCCGGGAGCAUCACGACCAGGUCGCUGGUCCGCCACGGCUUCAUGGGGGUCUGGAAGAAGGACCCGCCGGCCCCCGCGGCCCAGCUCGAGUGGCCCCCCGGCCCGUGGCCCGGCUGCGCCGUGGGAGACCUCGCCCUGCAGGCCGACGGCGGCGCGCUCGUGGCGGACGUGGCGGCGCUGUUCGGGGCGGCCGCCGGCCUGCUGUCCGACUGCUCGGACCCCGACUGCCGCGAGACCGGCAGCUUCUCCCUGCGGUGCGGCGACGGGUGGAACGGAUCCUGCGAGGAGUUCCUCGAGUCCGCCUGCGCACUCGCCUGCCGCGCCCUGGAGGGCGAGGGGGGGUGCCGCUUCUGGACCGCGGGCGCCAGCGCGGACUCCUCGGGCCCCAGCGCGUGCUGGCUGCUCACCACCGGGGACCACCUGCAGCUGCGCCAGGGCUUCCGCUCGGCGCCCUCGUCGUGCGCGCCGCCGCGCGCGGCGGCGCUCGGCAUACCCUGGGCAGAGAGCCCCGCGCGCGGCGCCCAGGUGCCGCGGCUCGUGCACCGCGGCUGCCGCCACGACCCGCGCCUCGUGCUCGGCGGCCGCGAGGUGGCGCUGUUCUCGGACCCCAUCUCGCGGCAGGGCUACGCCUCCUUCCGGGACCGCCUGCCCGGCGCCAGGCACCUGCUCUGGACGGACGCGGACUUCUCCGAGUGCGCCCGCCGGGAGUUCCCCGCGCACGCGCCCGCCUUCGAUGCCCUGCCGGCGGAGCUCCGCGCCGAGGCCGGCCGCUACUGCGCCCUGCACCGCUUCGGGGGCGUCUACGCGGACCUGGACUACGAGGCGCGGCGGGACUUCCACGCGGAGCACCUCGCUGGCGGCGGCGACGCCACCGCCUACGUGGCGGCGUCCCCCUACGGGCCCCCGGACGACGCCGUGCAGGCCUCCCUCCUGGCGGGCCCGCGUCAGCACCCGCUGUGGCGCCUGGCCUUUGCCGCCGCCGCGGCCGCGCCCUCCUCGGGCGGGGCCGCGCCGCUGGCGGCGCUGCUGCGCAACUGGUCGGCGGGGCCGGCCGGCCUGGCUAAGGUCUCCGUCCUCCGUGCCGCCUGUUCGACCGGCCCCUGCGGGACGAGGCGCUGGCCAGGAUCCGAGCGCCUCGCACUGUGCACGCCUCCCCAAAGGACGCGUCGGACCCGUCGCUGGCGGCGGUGCACUGGAGCGCCCCCGGGCGGCGGGGCUCCGAUGCGCCGGCCUCGCUGCGCCAGGCCGAGGUGCUGAGCGCGUUCCGAGAGCUGCACGGGGAGCUCGCGGAGGCGGGCGGGGAGCUCGCGGAGGGGCCGGGAUCGCCGUGAAGCGCCAGACCCCUGCGGGAGACGCCCUGCAGGUGCGCGCCGGGGAACGCUCGCCGCCGCCGCUCUGGCCAGCGCGCUGAGCGAAAGUUUCCUUGCCACCCGGCUCGUUUCUCAGAGGAGGAAGAUACCCAUACCGCUACCCUUCGGGCGUUUCCCCUUUUUUCGGCUUCCUGGGAGGCCCUCGUCGCCACCGCUGGAUCUCCCCCGAAAUCCUGGUCAGAACGCACCCCGGGAGAGGUCCGGGGAGUAGCGGUAUUGGUACCUUUUUGGUUCCCCA